GGGAAAAAAAAAUGGAAAAUGGGAGAUAACGGGGGCUUGGCCUCACACUCGGGGUCGAGGGAGUGGGUGAGGGUAAAUAUUAGGGGGUUGGGAAGGAAAGGUGACUAACGAAGGAGUGGAAUUAGUUUCCGAGGGUCAGUGGGACUGUGAGGGUCGUAUGAAGUGAAGGGCGGAUCAGAGGGUCAGGGAGUGACCCAAGAGGGAGCAGUAGAGAUCACAGGGGCUAUAACGGAGCGGUGUGCGGGUGUAAGUGACGGGGUUCCCGUGACGUGGUGGGAUCAGAGGCCGGGUGACGGGCUCAGAUUGUGAGGACCGUAGGGUAGCAGCACCGCGUGCCGAUGGAUAGCGAUGCAGCUUUGGACGGGGAGGUUGAUCACUCCUUCUUCGACAGUGACUGCGAGGGGGAAGGAGAACGGGGUGGGCGGCAGAGCCGCGACGGCGACGAGGGGCAGCGGUCUCCCAGCGGUGCGGGAGAGGGGACGGUAACAAGGCCAUUCAACGUGGAUUCCUCGGCAAGUGCGGCAUCUCCCUCCGCCUCGUCCUCUGCCACCUCGGUCUCCCGUUCCUCGUCGUCGGCAUCUUCUCGCGGGGAGUUCACCCGCUUCCGCACGAAGAGCCCCAACUAUCCCAGCGACAGUAGGAGCAGCAGCUCCGGUCGUGACCGUAGCACAAGCCCCAGGACUGUGCCGGCCAGCCGCUGGCUACGUAGGGGCAGUGAGGAUGCUCUGUCAGAUCCAGUAUCGAACUGCGAUUCGGACAUCGGCAUCUCCAUUUUGGGCCGCCCAUCGCCCUCUUUGCCUGAGAAGCGCCCUUCGUCGUUUCCCACUUCUCACUGGAGAAAUAGGCCUUCAACGAAGGCAAGGAAAGGCCGCAGUCAGGAAUUGUGCCGGACCAGGAAACAGCCUGAAGACGCAGAGGGUACCGUAACCGACGUGACUCCGCUCUCCAGCCCAGGGUGCAGCCCCAUUCACUCGAAUGACCAACGUGUAGAACCGAAGCACAAGACCAACAGGAAAAAGACCAACAAAAAGCAAGAAAACGUCGGCCAGACAAUCUACAUCAGUCUGGACCCAUUGAAUUUUGAUGAAGGGAUGCAAAAUGCACGGAGGCAAAAGCACCCGAGGGAAGCUAAGCCUUGCAAACCCAGCUCAACGGCAAGCUCUCUGGAAUCCAAGAGAUCCAAUCAAAGACGUGGCCAAAAAAUCCCCAAUGAUGCCACUGACUUGAACCAGUUGUUGAAAGAACAAAGGCGAAGAAAAAACUACACUUUCAGUCAUGAGGAAGCAAAGCGGAUUGAUCGUGAAAAUCAGAGAUUGCUAGAAGAACUAACUCGAAAAGCCACAAGACCAACAGUCAACAAACCAAAGAAAAUAGCAGCUACUACAGUCCGAGUCUACCACAGUACUCUGAACAGACAGAGGGAGCAGGAGAGAAUUGAAAGAGAGAACUUGGCCUUUCUGAAGAGACUGGAGGCAGUGAAACCAACUGUUGGACUAAAACGCUCUACUCAGCUGUAUGACUACCAGCGGCAGAUGUCAUUCAUGGAGUCCUGUUCUCAACAAAGCAGGCCAUCAACAAGAGGGAGCAUCUCAAGACUCAGUUCGAGAUCAUCAGUCCACAAGACAUUCACUAAUUGAAGUUACUGAGAUUCAGUUAAACUACUCAUCUGUUUUGAACAGCAUGGAGAAACACUAAGCUUGUUGUUUCUAUUGAAAUGGGCCGCUGUAUGUUUGAGACCAUUCAUAAAUUGUAUUUUUAAACAAAAUCCUAGACUCAAUGUUUCUGUUGAACUGAUUGUAUUGGAGAUGGUAUUAUAUAUCUGCUAAUACAUUUUGUACAGUUAUCUUAAACUUUUUUCUAAUUGAGCAUUACAUAGUUUAGUCCUUUUCUAAUAAAGUGUGAAAUUUG